GGAAAAGCAAAAUUCGGAAAAGGGGGAAAAAAAUUCGGUCGAAAGCGAUGCACAGUUGGACGCUGCGCCUGUUGGCCGCGGCGACAACGGCCGGCGUCCUCCUCGCCGCCGUGUGCGCGGCCGCCUCCGCGCUCGACGCCUUCCACGCCCCCGCCGUCCAAGCCCAAGCCCAUGUUACGAAGAUCAACCGGUUCCACAAACAGAUUAAUGGCAAUGACAAGGUGACAUUGACUUUCAAUGUAUCUGCAAAUUUGGAGUCACUAUUCACAUGGAACACAAAACAGGUCUUUGUCUUUCUGACAGCUGAGUAUGAAAACACGAAAAAUUCACUGAACCAGGUUUCGUUGUGGGACCAUAUUAUACCUGACAAGGACCUUGCAAAGCUGCAACUAGAGGUGAAGAGCAAGUAUCCCCUGAUAGACCAGGGUAGCAGUCUGCGGGGGAAGACGCUUCAGUUUGUUCUACACUGGCAUGCUAUGCCCAAUGCUGGCGCCAUGAUCAGAGAUCGGAUGCCGCUCUCGAAGUUCAGACUGCCGGACUCCUAUACCUCUUGAAAGAAAAGCUUAUUGAUCUGGGAAGAAUCCUCUAAUUAGCCCAUUUCUAAUCCUUAUUCACAAUUGGUUGCCAAACGAACGCAGAUCUGAUUCAUAGUAAGCGCUGACAGUAGCAAAUGGGGUAUUUUGGAUAUUCGAUCAAGCACUGAAGCAUUGAACAUCGAACAUCAGAGGAAAGUUUGACGAUAAAUUUUA